GGCGACGCCUCCAUUGUCAGGCGGGACGAGGUCAUCCGAUGGAACCAAGACGGCCAGCCCAGGCAUGGGUUGCCACUGCCCGUGCCUGGCCUUGGUGGCGGUGCUGAUCCUGGGCCCGAUCCCGUCUUCCUGGUCUUGCCUGCAGUGCGACCCUAAUUUCAACCUUCACUUCGCCUCCUACGCCCCGCACUUGAGCCGCAAGUCCUGGGGGCUGGGGGACGUGCCGGCCGCGGGCCGGAGGCUGCGGGGCUGGGCCCGGGACACCGUCCAGGAGUUGCAGCUUGGGGUGCCGGCAGAGAUCCCGAUGGAUAAACUGCAGGAGAUAGCGACGCAAGUGUACGCCAAGCUGGACCUGUUGUUCAAAGGACACACGUACAAGUCAGGGCUUCUUCCGGAAAUCCUACAGUCCAUUUUCGAGGAACAAGUCAAAAUGCUACGGAAUGGCAUCAUUGAAAGCAAAGUGAAGUGUGAACGCCACUGUGGAAUAAACGAGUACGAAGCGAUCUCUUGUGAAACGUGCAACAAGACCAAACCAAUUUGUUUUGGAUAUAAUUGCGAGUCCUCUGAGAAAUGGGAAGAAGCUCUCAAAGGUCUCUAUAAGCACAUAAACAAUUUACGCACGCAGCCAGACAAGUGGGAGAGGGGCUUGAAGCAACUCCCUGGAUUUAGCCACUGCGCGUCGAAAAGUCCAGAGAAUCUCAACUUUACAAAUAUACGACGAACUCUGUACAAAAACUGGCUCAACAUCAUGGCCCUGAAGGAGCUGGAAGGGGAGAUGAAAGCCCUACAGUUACUCGCCCCGAGCUGCUGAAGGAUUUCUGUAAAUGGCAAGAGGCCACAAUUUGGCACCUCAAAUAAAAUUAUGUAAGUGACCGAUAGUCCUGUGGUAAC